UUGGACAGCAUGGCUGAAGAAAAUAGCUCAUUGAAUAUUUGGCCAGAAAUAGAAAAGGCAGAAAAGGAGAACAGGCGUGAGCUGGUGCUUCAGGGUUCAGCGGUUGACAAAAAGAUCCAGAGCAGCGGCGGACUUCACGCGCGACUUUAUUCCCUCUCGCCCCUAAACUACCUGGAGAUCAGUCAAUGUCCCAGUUUACAAGCGAUCCACGAGAACAUCAGACAUCUGUCUCAUCUACAGAGUCUGAUCCUCUGCAGGAACAAGCUCACUUCAGUCCCAAAAAGCAUUGGUGAACUGAAGGCGAUCAAAGUCCUGGAUUUGUCUGUCAACCAGCUGCAGGCUUUGCCCGAGGAGAUCUGUGCACUGAGCGAGCUCAACACUUUAAAUGUCAGCUGCAACAGCAUCGCCGCUCUGCCGGAUGGCCUGAGCAAGUGUGUGAAGCUCGCCAGCAUCAAUGUGUCCAAAAAUGCACUCUCUCGGCUCCCAGAUGACUUGUGGUGCUCCAGCCUGGAGCUCCUCAGCAGCAUCAUAGCAUCAGAAAACGCGAUAGAGGAGCUGAGCAGUGAGGUUCAUAACCUGCCUGCGCUGAAGGUUUUGGAUCUCUCCAACAACAAGCUCCAGGAGCUUCCAUCUGAGUUGGCCGACUGCCCCAAGCUGAAGGAGACCAAUUUUAAAGGGAACAAGCUGAAGGACAAGAGGCUUGAGAAGAUGGUGAAUGGCUGCCAGACUAAAUCAGUCCUAGACUACCUGAGGGCAGGUGGGAGGGGGAAAGGGAAAGGCAAGCAGCAGGAUGGAGAGGUGAGCGAGAAGCUUGAUGGAGGCCGUAACAUCUCAAAGAAGAAAAGCGGUGCAAAGCAGAAAGGCAAAAAAGAGGCAGAGGAAGUGGAUGAGCUUAAUCGGAUGGUUGUGAGAGUUCUGCAUGUAUCCAAAGCACCCACGGCUGUGACAGUCAAAGUUUCUGCAGGCGUCAAGGAUGUUCGGCCAUACAUUGUGUGCUGCAUUGUAAAAGGCAUGAACCUCAGACAAGGAAAUGCACUCAAGCGAUUUUUAGUUGCUCAGACCAAACUUCACGAUGAGAUUUGUGCCAAAAGAACAACGGCAACCAUUGCAACUCAUGACCUCGGCUUGCUGAAGGCUCCUCUGUUGUAUGACGCCAGGCCACCAGAUACACUGAAGAUAGUUCCUCUGGGUCGUAAGGAGAUGAAGGCAGCUGAACUUCUGAAGAUGCUUCAAGAGGAGGCAGAUGAACAGAGAAAACAGAAAAAGCGACAAAAUGUUUCAGGACUCCACAAGUAA